UAUAAAGGUAUUGUACUAGAACUUGUUGGCUUACCUCUAUCAUUUCAAAUCAAACAGAAACAAUAAUAAGAAAUUCCAUGGCUUAUUCCAAACUUCUCUUUUUCUAUAUCCUUGUUAGUAUUUUCCUCUAUUUUGCAACUAUCAAGGCACAAAACUCUCCAUUUUUUCUGUAUAGAAACUGUUCCACCAACCUUACCACAACCAGCAGCCUCUUCGAAACCAAUCUCAGGACCUUACUCUCUUCAUUUUCUUCAAAAGCCACCGGAAACAUUGAAUUCUUCAACACCACCAUCCCUGCUAUAAACCCUUCAGAUUCUGUAUAUGGAUUGUUCAUGUGCAGAGGGGAUGUACCCUCUCUGGUCUGUCAUGAAUGUAUACAUGAUGCAAUACAGCAGCUAUCCUCACAGUGUUCUUUCUCCAAACAAGCUGUGAUUUGGUACAACGAAUGCAUGCUUCGAUACUCCGACAACUACUUCUUUUCAUCCGUUGAUAAGUCUGGUUUUUCCUUGACCAAUACGGCCGAUGUCUCAAACACGAAAACCUUCGUCCCUCUAUUGUCUUCAUUCAUGAAUCAAACUGCAGAUGAAGCAGCAAGUCCACCUUCCGGCGACAAGAACAAGAAGUUUGCCACAAAUGAAACACGAGUUUCUGAAUUCGAGACACUUUACUGUCUAGCUCAGUGCACGCCGGACUUGUCCCCCAAUGAUUGCAGAACCUGUCUCAGCAGUGCUAUUGAGGAACUUCCAACAUGCUGUAAUGGGAAGGUGGGUGGAAGAUAUCUUAAUCCUAGCUGUAAUGUUAGGUAUGAACUAUAUCCUUUUUAUAGGUCUAAUGAUGUGACUUCACCAAAUCACCUUGCUCCUCAAACAAAUGAUUCAAAACUAGAUGAUAGAUUUUCCCAAAAUCCAUUUUAUCUUUCAUAUAAUUGCUCAAGUAACCACAAUACAAUCUCUGAGAAAAGCUUCAGAUUACUUCUCUCUGAUUUAUCGUCCAACGCCGCAAGUGGCAAAACAUUUCACACUAAUGUAUCUGACUUAGUGUAUGGCCUUUUCAUGUGUCGAGGCGACCUUCCAUCCCGCCUCUGUGCUUCAUGUGUGACAAACGCAGCGGAUAAAAUAUACUCGAAGUGUCUUUCUUUCUCAGAGGGUAUAAUUUGGUACAGCCAUUGCUUGGUUCGAUAUUCAAAUCGGUAUUUUGUCCCUAGCAUGGAAACAAUUCCUAUGUACCGCGAUAUAAACAUCACUAAUCAUUCUACCCCGGACCAAAACUUGUUCGCGAGUACAUUAUCGAACCAGCUAUCUGAACUUGCAAAUAAGACAGGAAACAGUGAUGGAAAAUACAUGACAAAUUCAUUAAAAUUGAAUGAUAAACAAACCUUGUAUACUCUUGAACAAUGUCAACCAAAUUUGUCUAAUCAGGAGUGCAUUUCAUGUCUAAAUGAUGUGAUAAGUAGAGCAGUUCCAUGGUCACUUUUGGGAAGUGUUGGGGGAAGAGUUAUAUAUCCUAGCUGCAAUCUCAGGUUUGAAUUGUUCCAAUUUUACAUGGAGGCCGGAGACGAAGAUCAGCCUUCUACGAGAAAUGCAGAGAAACGGACAAUUAUCUUCAUUGUUGUCUCAAUCAUUAUUUUGGUGAUACUUUUUUCUGUUGGCUACUACUUGCUAAAGAGAAGGGGAAGGAAGAGUCGUAGGACUAUUCUUCGAGAAAAUUUUGGUGAAGAAAGUGCUAUUGUAGAACCACUACAAUUCGAUUGGAUGGUAAUUCAAGCAGCAACAAACAACUUUUCUAUUGACAAUUACAUUGGCAAAGGUGGUUUUGGAGAGGUUUACAAGGGUGUUCUUUCUGAUGGUCGAGAAGUAGCUAUAAAAAGACUUUCUGAAAGUUCUAAACAAGGUGUGGAGGAGUUCAAGAAUGAAGUAUUACUGAUAGCCAAACUUCAACAUAGAAAUUUAGUGACAUUUAUUGGAUUUUGCCUUGAAGAACACGAGAAAAUACUUAUUUAUGAAUUUGUGCCCAACAAAAGUCUAGAUUACAUUUUAUUUGAUUCUGAACAGAAAAAGUUGUUAACAUGGAUUGAACGCUUUAACAUCAUAGGAGGAAUUGCUCGAGGAAUUCUAUAUUUGCACGAGCACUCUCGACUGAAAGUUAUACAUCGGGAUCUCAAGCCUAGCAAUAUUCUAUUAGAUGAAAAUAUGAUUCCUAAAAUUUCUGAUUUUGGAUUGGCUCGAAUUGUUGAAAUAAGUCAAGAUGAAAGAAGUACAAAGAGAAUUGUCGGAACAUAUGGUUAUAUAUCUCCAGAAUAUGCAAUGCUCGGACAAUUUUCUGAAAAAUCAGACGUUUAUAGUUUUGGAGUCAUGGUUUUAGAAAUUGUUGCUGGAAAGAAGAAUAUAAGCUCAUCAACGCCUCAAUCUGUUGUUGACGGCCUCUUGAAUUAUGUGUGGAGACAAUGGAUGGAUCAAACACCUUUCAACAUAUUGGACCCAAAUAUUAAAGAAGACUAUUCUAAAAGUGAAGUCAUCAAGUGCAUUCAAAUUGGUCUAUUAUGUGUUCAACAUGACCCAGAUGCAAGACCUUCAAUGGUGACAGUUGCCUCUUAUCUUAGCAGUUAUUCAAUUGAAUUACCAGUACCACAUGAACCUGCAUUUUUCUUGCGUAGUAAAACUUAUUCAACAUCUCUUAUACAAGAGUCAAGUUCUACUCAAUCUGCAUAUAGUUCUACUCUAUUGUCUACAAAUGAAAUGUCUGCAAGUAUUUUUUUACCUAGAUAGUCAAAUAAAUUUCAUGCUAAUUGUAUUAUUGUUGCCAAUAAACUUUGUGUACUAGUUUCAAUUAAUACAAACUUAAAAAGGAUGGAGGACAAGAAUACAUGUAAUAAUCUAGAUACAAAGGAUUUUGUAAAGAAUAUUUAUUGUUGAUAUUAUAUU